AUAAUAGAAAAAAGAACUCAUAAAUGUGCUGUGAAAAUAAAAAAUCAGGGUUGACGAGGGAGAAGGAAGAAAGACACAAUGUUUUUCGUUUCGUUUGUUCCUCGGAAGUAAAAGGGAACGACACUGUAAAGAUCCUUCCCCAACCACAUGCUGCUGCAGCGCCUUGUUUGGCACCAACGCUAAAUCUAACCCGCAUUCCCCUCACUCAUUAAGGCCUCAUCCAAACAACCCCUCCGCCUCAGAUCUCGCCGCGAAAUGGAUCAGUUGUCGGCGAUCAGCGAGGACCUGGCCGAGAUCGACGGACACGUCGCCGACAAUUUCCGCGCCCUAUCAAAUGGAUUUCAGAAGUUGGAGAAGAUUAAGGAUUCCAAUAGACAGAGCCGGCAGUUGGAAGACCUCACGGAAAAAAUGCGAGAUUGUAAACGGCUUAUUAAGGAUUUCGAUAAAGAGAUCAAAACUUUGGAGGGUAGCUUUGACAGAGAAACCAACAAAAUGUUGAAUGAGAAAAAACAGUCAAUGAUCAAAGAGUUAAACUCAUAUGUUGCUUUGAAAAAGCAGUUUGCUUCAAAUAUUGAAAACAAAAAAAUUGAACUCUUUGAGGGGCCCAGUGAAGGUUUUGCAGAAGAAAAUAGCUUGCUAGCAUCCUCAAUGACAAACGAACAGCUAAUGGAUCGUGGGAAUCAUAUGAUGGAUGAGACAGAUCAAGCCAUUGAAAGGGGAAAGAAGGUAGUUCAAGAGACAAUAAAUGUUGGUACAGAGACUGCAGCAGCUCUUAAGGCUCAGACGGAACAAAUGAGCAGAGUUGUCAAUGAGCUGGAUUCAAUUCAUUUCUCUAUGAAGAGAGCCUCUCAAUUGGUCAAGGAAAUCGGUAGGCAGGUUGCUACUGACAAGUGUAUUAUGGUGCUACUUGUUCUUGUUGUCAUUGGAGUAAUUGCUAUCAUUAUUGUAAAGCUUGUGCACCCGAACAAUCAGGACAUUCGCGACAUUCCAGGAUUAGCCCCUCCAGUUCAGAACCGAAGACUGCUUUGGAGUCACAGUUGAAGAACUAAAAUGAAGAUGGUGAUGACUGAUGAGCUUAUGACAAAUGCGUUGGGGACACUAAAGAUUAAAAUGAACAUGUUUAUGACUUCAUCAGAUUGAUUUGAUGCUCUUGGUUUGAUGGUGGUGAGAUUGGCUGCAGCUGUUGCUAGAAACAGAGUUGCCAAAAAUUGAAUUUGUUAUUACAUUAUAGUAGAGGAGGGGUUGAUUGGCCUGAGGCAUGAUAGAACGUGGGUCUAGGCAUGCACGCAUGAUUUUGUCUUGAACUGAACCAGUUUUACUAUAUACACUUUCAGGUUCCGUCUAUCGAAUCAUAGGAAAAGCCAAACAAAUGGGCCCUCGAGAUUAUUUGUUGAUUGUCUUGUUGUGAAUCUUGUAAUAUACGGUGGCUUUUAUCUGUAUACCUUCGGUUCUUAAAAACUACCUAGUAUCAUAAGUAUUAUCAAUUUAUAAUAUAAGCACCGAUUUAUUUA